AUGCUCGUCUUUCUCGGGACUAUCGUAGUGUUGGAUGACACUGCGGCCAUACGCACCUCUGCGGACGUCAAGGCACACAAGACCUGGUCCCAUGUUCGUAGCCACCUUGAUCACGAUUAUGCCGCUAGCAACAAGUGUGCGCAGUUCCAUCUUAACAUCUAUAGAAAAGCCGUCAUCGUAGCGGCGAGAGAAGAGACGGUUGAACGGACCUUUUGUGUCGAGUAUGGGAACGCGACCUCGCAGGAAGUCGCGCCACGGCCAUUCCCCAACAUAGAGACUCUUCGCAAGCAAGAUGAUAAAACCAGCCAGAACCCAGGCAAACAUGGUGAUGUUAAAAGGGUCUACGCCUUCCAAGCGUUCUCCGAGUAA